AAAUAUAUAUUGCUAGAAAAAUUAAUAACUCUAGCUUCACAUUCCGUUUUCUUCUGUUCUGAUUAAAGAAAUGAAAGAUAAAAAUAAGUAUUUUUUUAAAUCGCAUCUAAUACUAAUAAAUAUUAAUUGCAAAAUUUAACGUCAUAGGUGUGGUUAUUUUUUUCUUCUUUAAGAAAUUAUCAUACAUACAAAACAGGUUACAGGAAACAUUUUAUCACCGUUAACUUGCUAGUGAUAAUUAGUAAUUUAUAUUCCUGUUUCUUCUUUCUCGUUUUUUUAAUACUUGAAAUUAUUUGCAAGUCAAAGUUAUUAGUCAAUUGCCACCGAAAAAUCAGAUCAUAAGAUAAUAACGCCGAUUUAGAUACGCUUUAAACGAUUUAGAACGCUUGUAAACACACGAACUUGGUAUGAGAAUAUUUUGACGGAAUUAGCAAGGACGUCGACAAAUCCUCAAUCCAGUCCGAUUCGCAAUGUACACAUUAUCACUAUAUUAUUCUUCCGAUCGUGCGUGAUUUUCAGAACUGGAUUGAAAGUGAAUCUAAUACAGAAACCGCUUUAGUAAUGGUGCGCUUUUUAGCGUUUCGGAACAAGAUCCACAAGACGAGUGAAUGAAGUGUAUAGUGAUAUACACCUCUUGUACAAUUCCGAAUAAAUAAAAUCGAUAUAACAAGGCAUUGCGUAGAUUCUAAUUCGGAAAUAAGAGAAACAGUGACAGCUCCAAACAUCGUGAAGAUAUUGACAGUUUCUCGCGAUAUUUAUCGCAAUUAUACUGAAAUACUCCUGCCUAACUACGAGAGUGGUUGUGUUCGGCGAUACGCGACAAUAAAAAUGAUUUUUGGACGUCUCCUCGAUAUAAUCACAAUGUAUAGAUACAGACGUAUGCGUCGUAUGUCAGGUGAAGACGCAAAGCCUGAGGAUUCAGGUCCGGCCGACUUCGAACGGGCGAUCGUAGCAGCGGGCUAUGGGAAAUUCAACUACCUGCUGCUACUGGCGGUACUGCCAGCCAGCUUCUCCAGCAUCUUCUCGUCUUCGACGAUGUCCUACGUGCUACCAUCCGCCGAAUGCGAUCUCAAGCUGACGAUGUUCGACAAAGGGCUGCUGAACUCGAUGGCGUUUGCAGGGAUGAUCAGCACAGCGUUUUUCUGGGGUUUUAUGGCCGACACGUUCGGCCGUAGGAAAUUAAUGUUCUACGGUUACUUUGUGACCGGUCUGCUGAGUCUGGCGACGUCGUUUUCUCACACUUCUUGGCUAUUAAUAAUAUUCAAAUUUCUCGACGGCGUGAUUAUAUCUGGCCCAUAUGCAGCACUGAUGUCGUACUUGGCGGAAAUACACGACGAAGUACAUCGAUCGCGGUCUUACAUGUGGCUUGGCGUGUUCUUCUCGCUUGGAAACAUUUCUCUACCCUGUAUAGCAUGGCUCAUAAUACCUAAAAAAUGGGACAUUACAUUCUUGAGCGAUACGAUGGAAAUCAAUUCCUGGAGGGUAUUCUUAGCAAUCUGCUCGCUACCCGAAUUUCUCGCGUGUGCCGCUCUUUUCGCUUUUCCAGAGAGUCCACGUUUUCUUAUAUUGAAGGGUCGACAUGACGAAGCGUUAAAUGUCUUCAAGAGAAUCUACUCUCUUAAUACUGGAAAGGAUCCUGACACAUAUCCAAUAAAAUCUCUCCAGGACGAGUAUUCCAUCAAGUCUUCCGGGGAAACUCUGCGAGACAAGCUGCACACUUCCUGCAAGCAGAUAAAGCCUCUCUUCCUGCCGCCGAAUGUCUUCAAAUUGAUACUUAUAUCGAUGAUACAGCUCGGAGCAACGAUAGGGUCAAAUUCGCUCCGACUUUGGAUGCCGCAGCUGUUUGCGAUGAUCGAGAGCUACAAGAGCAAUCUCAUGAAGGGCGACAAUCGCGUGUCGGGCUUGCAAUCUUCGUUCUGUUACAUGCUGGGCCAGGAAAAAGCAUACGUUAAUCGCACGCAUUACAAUGAGACAAUAAACAACGUCACAGCUACCUGCGUACCAGCAGAGUUGAAUUCCCGGGUCUUCAUCAACUCCAUCGUCAUCGCUGUCACGGGCGUCAUCGGUUACACUCUGGCUGGCACUUUGAUCACGGUGGUUGGGAAGAAGAAGCUGAUGGCAAUUUGCUUCCUCGUCGCUGCCGCGUGCUGUGGUUCUCUCUACUGGGCCGAGGAUACCAACGGUAUCCUGGGAUUGUCUUCAGUGUUUGUCGCCAUGUCGAGUAUAGGCGGUGCAACUGUUAUCAAUCUUAUCGUCGACAAUUUCCCUACAUGUCUGAGGACUAUGGCGGUUAGUACAACCAUGAUGAUGGGAAGAAUCGGCGCCGUGAUAGGCAAUUUACUAUUUCCCAUUUUGUUCGAUCUGUCAUGCUUAGGACCCUUCAUCAUGAUUGGCUCAGCUUCUUUAGUGUCUGCAUUACUAGUCGUCGUAGUACCUCGUAAGAAACCGGAGGAUGAAAAACCGAAGGAUAUCGUUUAACUCCUUCAUUUACCGAUGUUUUGUUCUUCAUCAAAAAGUCGACACGUAAAUACGUUUGCAGAUUUUAAUGAUGAUAACGAUCAUCAUUAGUGUUCUACACAUCUGCGCGACUUUUUCCAUUAUGUAAAUACAUGCGCUCAUAAUAGCAAAUAAGGUUCGCUCGCUUCCCACCUUACAUAUUUUGUAUACGCGUACAAAGUACGCAGCAAUGGAAAUUGUACAUUCGUGCAGUGUACAGUGCAAUGUAUACGUACGUAUACAUUGUGCGUGUAUAUUACAUAUUGUAUAUACAUAUACAUCUAUAGUUUUUUUAAGAGAAAAAGUAUUUUUAGUAAAUCCCGCGACUGCGUUAAGCGUAUCAUAAUGCACUCUCUUCUCGUUUUCUCGUAUUAAUUAAUUGUAUUAAUUAUUGUCACAAUCUCUCUCUACAAGCCUAACAACAAGAGGAAUAUGUAAUACAAUAAAAUUAUUUUAUUAUUGA